AUGGCAGACAUGCAAGACAUUUUGGAGAGGCAAAAGCGAGAAAGGAGAGAAAGAAUGCGUCGACAAGCUGCAAGCAAAAAGGCGCAAAGAGAACUAGAUGAGCAACUUGGCAUGGCCGUUGCUUUGCUGGAGCAAGAAAACCAGAGUCGCCGUAGUUCACGAGAAGGCCGUGCCUCGAAUGUGAACAGACAUAGAUAUUCUCAGGGGGAUUAUGGCAAUUGGAAAGGACAGAAAAGCAUCAUCCUCGAAGCAGUUGCUGGUUUUGAUACAUGGGUUUGGCACGCCCUCUUUGGAGUUGCCGGCUCUCAAAAUGAUUUGAACGUCUUGGGUCAAUCCCCGGUGUUCAAUGAUGUUCUGAGAGGUGAAGGCCCAAAUAUCACAUAUCAAAUCAAUAAUACCGUCUACCAUAACGGGUAUUAUCUAGCUGAUGGUAUCUACCUGAGGUGGACAACAUUUGUGAAAUCAAUUCCACAUCCCCGAUCCCAUAAGGAAUUUUUUUGUGCUGCCUAUCAAGAGGGGUACAGAAAAGAUGUGGAGAGGUGUUUUGGUAUCUUUCAAGCCCGGUGGGCUAUUAUCAGGGAUGCGGCGCGUCUAUUUGAAGAGGAGGUGCUUAGGAGUAUAAUGAUGACUUGUAUCAUCCUCCACAACAUGAUUGUGGAAGAUGAGUAUGAUUACGAUGCUAAUGAAGUAUAUGAACCAGAUCCCAUGAACACGGCCUUAACACGAAUUUAUGAAAAACACAUGGGGCCAAAUGGAGAACCAGUGCAGCAUGAUCCGUUGGUUAGAGACGGUAGUUUCUUGCCUCGUAUGAUUGAGCGCUACACAGAGAUGCAAUCGUCGUAUAUUCAUGAACACCGUCAAGUUGACUUGAUGGAGCAUUUGGGGGUGGUGAAAGGCAAUGAAGGUGAAUGA